AUGGCCACGUAUAUCCAAGCAUGGCGGCCAGUGCGUCUCGCCCGCGCAGUCUACGACACAUCUCCGCUCCUCGUCUCGAGUCUGGUCGCGCUGCUCGUGGCAAACCUCGCGUCGACGGGCUACCGCGAUUACCGCCUCUACAUCUCGCUGGGAGGCGGCGGACCGUUGCCGCACAACCUGUUCGGCUGGCUCGUACACUCCCUCGUGCUUCAGCCGCUUGCCCUGGCAAGGUUCUGGCGCACAAGUAGCCGCCACUACCUUCCACUCGCCGAUGGUGGUGGCAGGGGAUAUCUGAAGGGCCAGCUGGGAUCGAGGAGGGGCGGGAGGCCAAAGACGGCCGGAGUGGCUCCGCAUCGGCAGGUCGACCAGCUCGACGAGACUGGCAGCGAAGAGGCGCUCAAGGCGCACCUGCGGCAGCUGGCCGCCAACCACCCUUCGCACCUACUCAUCUCGUCCUCCCGCAUCGAACCCUCGUCCACCGCCCUCUUCUCGCUCACCCACACCCUCGUGACCCGCUCCGACGCACCCUCGCGCUCCACGCGCUCCGCCGCCUUCCCCUCGGACCUGUCGCGCCUCUUCCUCUCGUCGCUGCCCGGCGCAGAGUUCUGCCACGUCCACGCCCCGCCUGACGCGCCCGGCAAGCAGGACGGCAGCCUCCACCUCGUCCUCUCGCCCGAAGAUGCCGACGAGGUCAUCGGCAAGGGAUGGGGAGAGCUGCACGGCCUCGCCGGGUGCCCGGCCUACACGGGCUUCUGGAUCGGUUGGCCCGCCUGGCUGGCUCGGCGGUGGAGCAUUUCGGGUUCGGCUCGGUGGUGGAGCGGCGCAGGGUGGUGGGCAGGUGGUCGGGCCGGAGCAGGUGCGGCGAACAAAGUGCAGCGCAAAGUCGGCCUGCCGCCGACGUACACCCUCAUCUACGCACCGCGGGACGACGACGAGGUCGAGGCCGUCAAGCGCAUCAUCAACGCCUCGGUCGCCUUUGCCACGGGGCUGCGCGAGGUGCCGUAG